UUAUCAUUAUCCCAGGCCUCCCAAAGUCCCCAAGUACACAGUAGAGAAGUAGUGGCUGCCCUUCUCUUCUCAUAGCUCCGAUUCUCCGAGACUCAAAUCUCAGAGAAAACAAAAAAAAAAAUUGUAAGAAAAUGUCAACAAUUACGUUAUUAUCUUCACUGACUUCCUCCCUCUCUUCUCUCUCAUUUUCGUCCCAAAUCUCCCACAAACCUAACGGCCUCUCUUUCGCUCGACCCAACUCACUCUCGCUCUCGACCAGGACUCUUCCUCGUCCUCUCACGGUGCUCGCCACGGUGGCUUCGCCUCAAGAGGUGGAGACGGCGGACCUAAAGAAGUACGUGAAAUCGAGACUCCCAGGUGGGUUCGCCGCCCAAACUAUCAUCGGCACUGGCCGGAGAAAAUGUGCCAUCGCUCGUGUUGUCCUCCAAGAAGGCACUGGCAAGCUUAUCAUCAAUUACCGCGACGCCAAGGAAUAUCUUCAAGGCAAUCCAUUGUGGCUUCAGUAUGUCAAAGUCCCAUUAGUAGCCUUGGGAUAUGAAAGUAAUUACGAUGUGUUUGUCAAAGCUCAUGGGGGUGGCCUCUCCGGUCAGGCUCAGGCAAUCUCUCUUGGCAUUGCUCGCGCACUGCUAAAGGUGAGUGAGGACCACAGAGUGCCUCUGAGAAGGGAAGGGCUUCUGACUAGGGACUCCAGAGUUGUUGAGAGGAAGAAAGUUGGUCUCAAGAAAGCUCGUAAAGCCCCACAGUUCUCCAAACGUUAAGGUUGAGAUUAUUGGAUGUAAACAGUUGUCCAUAUUUUUUACCAUUAGUUUCUUUUGAGGAGCUUGGACAUUUUCAAUUUAUCAGAAGAUCUUGGCUUUUGUUUGUUGA